GCUUUACACUUAGUAGUGACAGGGUGACAGUUCAAUGCAAAUUCAAAGUCUAGCGCGCUUUUGGUUGAGCAGUGUCGAGGCGACCAUGGGGAGGGAGUCACGGUGGAACAGAGAUGCAAGCAUGCAAGUCGUGAAAGUACUACUAUCACAAGAAAAAUUGCAUUUCAAAUAAGGGACAUGGUAUUUGAGAUGGAUGAAAGUAAAGGUACACCCGAAAGCGACUACAGCAUCGAAUGCUUUCAAAAUUACACAGCACCCGAAGUAUUUAUCCAAGGAUUGGCAGGAAUAGUUAAUCAACAAGAUGUUGAAACAAUGAUCAGAGCACAAAAGCAAAUGUUACAACGCUUCGAAAAAACAAAUGAAAUGCUUACCAACUGCAACGCUCUUAGUGCUUCUAGACUAAAAGCAGUAGGUCCUGAAUUUAAAAAACAUACGCAAUUACUGCAGGAUAUGAAGAAAGAUUUAGAUUAUAUUUUUAAAAAGAUACGGGCCAUUAAACUUAAAUUGGCUGUGCAGUAUCCGGAAGCUUUAGCAGAAGCGCAAAGGAGUAGCUUGGCCGAAGAAUGUGAAGAAGAUGAUGAAAGAAAUGACGAAUGUGAUACAAAUGUUGUAGAUGAAAGUAGUGCUUCUAAUAUAAAUAAACCAGAUUCUCUAGACUAAUAAUUUCGUUUUGGCUUGUGAUAGAUAUAAUCAUGUACAAAAUAGACAAAUCUUAUAUUAUGCUCGCCAGGCGAUAAUGCCGGUCUACAUCCUAGGCUUUAAUAUGAAACACAUACGAUUGUAGACAGAAAUCAGAUGUUCUGUGACAUGCACUCUCCUGGCGAGCAUUAUAAUUUGAAUGGAGUGUUGUACGUAGUUUCUUAAAUAAGUAACUGCAAAUUAAUGGCACAAAUCUAUCAAAUUUAUAUCGACAUACAUUAAACAGUACGAGUAUAAUAAAUAUUAAAAAUGGAA